AUGGCACCAGUGGCUAUUAACGAGGAAAGCGGCAAUGGAACCGUUGACCGUGUUGCAGAGUUGAAGAAAGUUCAAACCAAAAAGCCGAUAGAAGAAACUCGGAUCAUAAAUCCCUUUUACUCACCCAGUGCCGGGAACGAGAACGAUGAUGACUAUCAGUAUGCCAAGUACAAGCCCUACUUCCCCGUUGUGAAUUGGGAACCACUCUCAGAGAUUGAAGUUACCGACCGUGGCCACUUUGCAGAUCCAGACAAGAAGGCUCUCUUCAGCGCUGCACAGAAAGUGAAACACCUUACCCCCGCCAUCGGCACAGAGUUAGUUGGCAUUGACCUCCGGCAGCUGACAAAUCCGCAAAAGGACGAACUCGCCCUUCUUGUUGCGGAGAGAGGCGUUGUUUUCUUCCGAGACCAGGAGCUCGACAUCCACGAGCAGCUUGACAUUGCCAGACACUUUGGACCCCUUCACAAGCACGCGACAACUCCCGUUCCUCGAGAACUGGGCCUUGAGGAAGUCCACAUCGUUUACAAUGAUGCUGCUCGACGUCCUGAUGCCAGUGCGUUUUCGAAGAUCGAGCUUUGGCACAGCGAUGUGACGUACGAGAUACAACCACCGAGCACCACUUCUUUGAAGGUGAUUACUGGUCCCGAGUACGGCGGUGACACGCUCUGGAGCUCUGGUUAUGCUCUUUAUUCCUCCCUCAGCCCAGGCAUGCAGACAUACCUCGAGGGUCUUACAGCUCUGCACAGUGCCGUCGCGCAAGCGGAUGGAUCUCGCGCGGCUGGCCUCCACGUCCGUCGUGAGCCCAUUGAGACCGUACAUCCUGUCGUUCGUGUCCACCCAGUAACUGGUUGGAAGAGCGUUUAUGUCAACCCCGGCUUUACUCGUCGAAUACUCGGUGUCCCGAAACCUGAAUCCGACACCAUCCUCAAUUUCUUGUUCCACCAGGUAGCUGAGAAUGUUGACUUCCAAGUGCGCUUCCACUGGGAGCCUAAUUCAAUUGCAUUCUGGGAUAACAGGAUCGUCACUCAUUCCGCGACUUUCGAUUUCUGGCCUCAAACCCGCCAUGCACUCAGGGCUACACCGCAUGGUGAGAAACCCGAGUCUGUUGAAGACUAUGAGCGUCGGACAGGCAAUGUGGCGAAAGAUCGCCAGAUUGAGAUCUGGAAGCAACAGGGGAUUGAGGUUCCUCAAUCGAAGAAGGGUCCUUCUCGGGCACGCGGAUACAAUGACUGA